CUUGCCAAGCGCACCCGACAAGCCGCGUACGCAGAGGCCAUUCGAAAGCUGACGCGAAAGGGAGAGAGCCUGGUGAAACUGCCGCCCCUCAACCCUUCCGCCCUGACCUCCCAUCGGGCUCCGGCGGAGUACACCAACACACGCCAGAGUUCACAUGAGGCCAGCGGAGUUCCCAGUACGCCGUCUGUGUGGCCUUCGCCAAAACUCUCACCAACAUUUGAACGCUCCAGGCUUCCCACUGUUAGUGGACCCAGUAAUCAUGCCGGCUCACACUGCCACGCGGAGGGCAGCAUGGAGGCUGACCAGGAGACUAAACCGAAGAGCAGGAGAGCUCUAGUGAGGCCGCUGCAAACAAAUUUUUCUGUCUUCUUUACUUUGACGUAUUCCCUAUCAUAA